AACAAUUCACCAAUUUUUUUUAUUUAAUGGCUUCCUCAGAAACCAUAGUGCAGUAUAUAGUGAUACGAUCAGAUUUAACUAAAGAGUUUCAAUGGUCUUUGGGAGCUGUUAUGGCUCAAGCUUGCCAUGCAAGUUGUGCAGCCAUUCAUACAUAUUACAAGGACCCUUUUGUACAAGAUUAUUUAAAGCAAUUUCAAUUAAUGCAUAAAAUAAUUUUACAAGUACCUGAUGAAAAUGCGUUACGCUCACUCGCCACAAAGCUUGCUGAUAAUGAUAUAAAAUUUUGGUUAUGGGAGGAAAAGCCUGAGAACGUUGCAACAUGCUUAGCAUCUAAGCCUGGUCCACGAAGUACACUUAAAAAUCACUUUCGAUCUUUAAAAUUAUUAUGACAAGCUUGGUUGAUAAAAAAAAUUUUUCUGGAUGUAUCCUGAACAUUUUUAUUGCUAGGCCAUUUUUUUUCUUUAUCGGUUUGAUUACUAGGUCAUAUGCUGUAGAUGAAAACGAGAAUUUUUAUUUUUAAUUCCUUUCAUUUAUUGUGAAAUUGUUUGCUAAGAAGAACAAAAUGUACUUAGUCAUUUGCCACCUUGAUACACUCUACCUUAUUAGUUCUUUGUAUA